AUGGCAGUUUCCAACUUCGCGACCAGACAGUACGCUUCUGAAGCUUUCGUCGAAAGCUGCGGCGCAAUCCUCUUCGACGUUUCCAAGGACCCAAUAGAGGUCUGCCUGCUCCGUCACCUGACUACACACGAAUGGCUUCUGGCCAAGGGGAGACGCAAUUGCGGCGAGUCGAGGCACGAAGCUGCCUUGCGGGAGGUGCAGGAGGAGACGGGCUUCCGCUGCCGACUUCUGCCUUUGGACAUGGCCACGCGGGCACCGGCGGCUGAUGACAUUGCGAAUGCCCCAGAUCAAGCAGCCGCGCGUCGAGGAAUUACGGAGCCGUUUAUGCUGACGAUGCGAGACAUUGACGGAGGGGCCGAGGUGAAAUUCAUCUGGUGGUAUGUUGCUACUCUCGAGAGGGGAGCAGUGGAAGAGGCGGCCGGCGGGGAGACGCAGUUUAGUUCGGGUUUCUUUAGUUUCGAUGAAGCUGUUCGGAAGCUGAGCUUUGAGACCGACCGCCAAGUAUUCCGUUUCAUGGGAGACAUCUCCCACCUCCUCUCGAAAUGCAUCCUGAUGAUCGCGAUACAUCGCAACAGAAGUGCUGAAGGUGUCUCCCUCAUCACCCAGGGCCUAUACGCCCUGGUCUUCUGCACGCGCUACCUCGACAUCUUCUCCGAACAGUCAGCAUGGAACUUCAUCUUCAAGAUAUUCUACAUCUCGUCAUCCUUCUACAUCAUCGGAGCUAUGCAGUGGAUCUUCCCCCGCACCAGAGAGCGCGAGCUCUCGUGGAAGGUCGGCGCCGGCGUCUUCGGCGUCUCGCUUAUCUUGUCUCCCUUUGCCAUGCUCAUCUUCGAGAGCUACUGGAGCUUCCGAGUCUGGCUUUGGGACUUUUCCCAGAUCCUCGAGUCCAUCUGCGUUCUGCCUCAGCUGCUCUUGCUUCGACAGACGACCGUCCCGACCGUCAUCGACUCGUUUUACCUCGUCACACUGGGCUCAUACCGUGGGUUAUACCUAAUCGGCUGGAUUACGCGCGAACUCGAUAUCAAUGACAAGGCGCCAAACACGGUCUCGGUCAUCUUCGGCAUCAUUCAGACGGCCCUGUACGUCGACUUCGCCUGGGUAUACUACACUCGCCAGCGAGUCAAGCUCCGCAACGGCGGCAUUGUGGAUGCCGACGACCUGCGCCGAGGCUGGUUGCUCAACAGAAUCUUUGGAAAGCGUAUCGACGCCCACUCUGACGACGAGGAGAGUGCUCCAGCUCUUGGCGACGAUGACGGACAGGGCCGCCGUGGUGGCCGGCCCAAAUGGGGCGCUCGUGGCAUCUCUGUCAGUGCAGAUGAAGGUGUUCUGGACACCGACAGAGACAAUCAGCGUCGGGAUGAGGAACUCGAGGAGGGCAUCAUUGACCCCGAUGCCAAGUUGCAGGAUCCCGAUGAGCUCGCCCGUGUGCUGGAUGACGAUGAUGACGACGAUACGAACAAGGCGUCUGGAAGCAAUGGCACACCCGCCGGGAUUGACAACGGUUCUGAGUGGCGCAACUAG